AUGCGCCAAUACAACUGCAAGAAGAUCAUCUUCUCAAGCUCUGCCACUGUUUAUGGUAAUCCUAAUGCUCCACUUAUCAAGGAAGACUUCCCAGUUGGUGGCACAACAAACCCUUAUGGCACUUCCAAGUACUUUAUUGAAAGAAUACUUCAGGAUUGCUACAUUGCCGAUAACAAAAUGCAGAUUGUACUCCUCAGAUACUUUAACCCAGUAGGAGCUCACGAAUCUGGCACAAUCGGCGAAGAUCCAAGUGGCAUACCAAAUAAUCUUAUGUAUUACAUUUCUCAAGUUGCCGUCAGAAAGCGCCCACACUUGAAUGUAUUUGGCAACGACUACCCAACUUGCGAUGGUACAGGUGUCAGAGAUUAUCUUCAUGUUGUCGAUCUUGAUAUCGGUCAUGUCAAGGCUCUUGAUUAUAUCAAUGCUCAUCCAGGAAGCAAGCCACUUGUUGUCAAUCUUGGCACAGGCAAUGGUUGCUCCGUUCUUGAGCUUGUUAAAGCCUUCGAAAGAGUAAAUGGAAUUGAAAUUCCAUAUAAGAUUGUGGAUCGCAGACCAGGAGACCUUCCAACUGUUGUUGCUGAUCCAUCUUAUGCUAAAGAAGUUCUUGGUUGGCAAGCGACAAAGACAAUUGACGACAUGGUUCGCGACUCUUGGAAUUGGCAGUCUCAUAAUCCAAACGGAUACAGAUCGUAA